UUGCAUGUAACUUAAUUUUCAGGGUUCUUUGGAAGACUACAAUGAAACAGUCAAGUGUUCCAAGGAUGCUUGGAAAACUUGGGCAAUGACACCUGCACCAAAGCGUGGAGAAAUUGUUCGACAGAUUGGUCAAGCAUUGAGAGAUAACCUGGAAAACCUUGGAAAACUGGUUGCUCUUGAGGUUGGGAAGAUUAAGCCUGAAGGUAUUGGUGAGGUUCAAGAGUAUGUGGACAUCUGUGACUAUGCUGUUGGUCUGUCCAGGAUGAUUGAUGGAAAAGUACUGCCUUCAGAACGUCCAGGUCACACUCUCCUUGAACAAUGGAAUCCAGUUGGCUUGGUAGGCAUCAUCACAGCGUUUAAUUUUCCUGUGGCUGUUUUUGGUUGGAACAGUAGUGUCAGCAUGGUCUGUGGAAAUGUUAAUCUUUGGAAAGGUGCUCCAUCAACUCCUCUUACAAGUGUUGCUGUCACAAAGAUUGUUAGUGAAGUUUUAGCUCAUAACUCAGUCCCAGGUGCUGUAUGCUCGCUGGUCUGUGGAGGGGCUGACAUUGGUCAAGCUAUGUCAGAAGAUGAGAGAGUUGACCUGGUGUCUUUUACUGGCAGCACAUCGGUUGGUCGGAAGGUUGGUACAACAGUGCAAAACAGAUUUGGAAAGAAAAUCUUGGAGCUUGGAGGAAACAAUGCCAUUAUUGUUAUGAAUGAUGCAGAUUUAGAUCUUGCCAUUCCAUCAGUGCUGUUUGCGUCAGUUGGCACUGCUGGCCAGAGAUGUACCACGACACGAAGACUGACUGUGCAUGAAGACAUCCAUGAUGAGGUGGUGGAACGUUUAAAGAAGGCCUACACCCAGGUCAGAAUAGGCGAUCCUCUAGAAGCGGACACUCUCUAUGGACCAGUCCACUCUGAAAUGGCAAUUGAUAUUUUCAAGAAGGCUGUUGAUGACGCCCAGAAACAGGGAGGAAGCAUUGAAUGUGGUGGAAAGGUACUUGACAGGCCUGGCUUUUAUGUGGAGCCUACAAUUGUUACCGGUCUUUCUCAUGAUGCAGAGAUCGUGCAUAGGGAAUCCUUUGUACCACUCCUCUAUGUGCUCAAAUGCAAGAGCUUUGAAGAGGCUGUCAGUUACAAUAAUGAAGUUAAACAAGGACUCUCCAGCAGCAUUUUCACAAAGGACAUCUCCAAAGUGUUUAACUGGAUGGGUCCCUUAGGAUCUGACUGUGGAAUUGUAAAUGUCAACAUUCCGACAAGUGGAGCAGAGAUUGGAGGUGCAUUUGGCGGUGAGAAACACACUGGAGGAGGACGGGAAUCUGGAAGUGAUGCAUGGAAAGCUUACAUGAGGAGGUCAACCUGUACAAUAAACUUCAGUAAAGAGCUUCCCCUUGCCCAAGGAAUCAAGUUUGGUUAAAAAGUGUACCUGUAGUGCUUUGUGAACUUUAGUCUCAUUAAGUAAAAGGAAUACAGUUGAACCUCUCCACAAUGGCUACCUUAGGGACAGAGGAAGGUGGCCGUUGUAGAGAGGAGGCCAUUAUGGGGAGGUAGGGGUGUAAUAUGACACACUCAAACCUGUAUUUUUUGGGGGGAGGGGGGUGCAGAAUUUUGAUCGAAAUAGAGACAGAGACCAACAACGCACAGUAUGGAUUAACUUUUGUCACCUGUGACAAUAAAUAAUGGGGCUUUGUCUUCACCGUUCGUCAGUCAUUGACUAACUGACCAUUGUCAGAGGAUUAUUUUAUUUAGUGGCUGUUGCUGUUGUGGAGAGGUGGAUAUUGUAGAGAAGUUAAAAUAAGAAUGAAUGUGUGGGUCAUUUGCCUUGACAAAGAAAGGUGACCAUUGAGGAGUGGUGGCCAUUAGUCAUAGUGGAGGUUUGACUACAGGUACUUCAGGAACUUGAAGACAUGGCCAUUGAUACAUGAACAUGUAGAUGGUGACUGAAAAUUAAAGAAUCCAUGAAAAUGGGUACAAAACUCCUUUUAAAGGCUAUCAUAUAUGAGAACUUAAAUUUUUUGACAGAAAGUUAAGGAGGCCAAAGGCAACCAAAAUCAAGACUUAGUAUAAUAGGUUAGUGAAAACACUGCAACUUCUUGUGUGUGCAAAGCCUACAAAUUUAUGAUCAGUAGUCUAGAACAUUUAUUUUUAUUGCCAAGCUUACAUGUAAUUUUGAAGCAAGUCACUUAGCAAUGUACAAUACAUGUACGAUGUGUUUAUCCCAGUUCUUGAAUAAUUUAUAAUAAUAAUUAGUGCACAUUCA